UUACCAAUUUAUACGACAAUAAUUAAUUUUAUUCACAUGUACGACUUGUAACAUAAUAACAUAGGUUAAUAUGCUGUAACUAUAGAAUCUUGUUAGACAGCUUUAUUUAACUAAUUUAUAUAAUUAAUUAGUUGUCUGAUUAAUGACAGUAAUUUAAUUAAUAAUGAUGAAAAAUGGAACCUGAAAAGUAAUGUCAUGUGAUUGUAAGAAGGUUGACAUGACAGAGCAUCAGUUAUUGGAAAGAAAGUGUUUGAAUGAGAGUGGCAUGGAGGUACCAAUGCCAACCCCGGGCUUGCCUAUCCACUGGAAGGAGUUUGUAUGUGGAGGUGGCUCGGCUUUCUGCAACAUACUCAUAAGUUAUCCACUCAACAAACUCAUCUUUCGACAGAUGAUGCAUGGAGUAGAAACAACUUUUGCACUAAAUCAAUUGCAGAAAGAAGGAUUAGGUUACUUGUAUAGAGGCAUGUUGCCUCCACUAUUGCAGAGGUCCCUCUCAAUGUCCCUUAUGUUUGGUGUAUAUGAUGAAUGUUUAACACCCCUGCUUGAUUGCAAAGUUAAUCCUUACAUUGCCAAAACAAUAGCUGGAGUUGCAGCCGGUUGCUUCGAAGCUACACUCAUGCCUUUUGAAAGGAUUCAAACGUUACUCAUUCAUCCUAAAUACCACAACCAAUUCAAGAAUACCGCCCACGCUGCUGGAUAUAUUGUUAAACAUUACAGCGUUAAAGAAUUUUAUAGAGGACUUGUUCCUAUACUGUUAAGAAAUGGUCCUUCUAAUGCCAUGUUUUUUAUUAUCCGUGAUGAAGUGCGCGAUAGACUGCCACGGCAGGAGCAUCUUGUGUAUCAAAGCAUUCAAAACUUUAUAGCUGGUGCAACAAUCGGAGCUCUACUGAGCACACUUUUCUAUCCAUUGAAUGUUAUUAAAAUAGCUAUGCAGUGUGAAUUAGGUGGACCCCACAGAACAAUAUCUUAUGAAUUUAAGUAUAUAUUUUACAAUCGUGGCUCAAAAUUAUCAAACUUCUACCAUGGAGCGUUAUUGAAUAUAUCACGGGCAUUUUUAAGUUGGGGCAUUAUAAAUGCGUCGUAUGAAAUAUGUAGGAAAUUAUUAUAUGCCUAGUCAAAUAGUAUUAUAAAGGUUAAAAUGAUGUAUUGUAAAUGUUAUUUAUUUGUAUCUAAAAGUGAUUUGGGUGCUGUGUAUUUUGAAAAGAAGCAGAAAGAGUUGUUAGUAAUAUAUGUAGUUAAUUAUCCCUGUUGCUAUAAUUCAUUCUGCUCUAUUUUAGUGAAUAAUAUGUUUUUAUUCUUGACUAGUAUUCCCUAUUAAAAGAUUUUUACAAAGUACACAUAAAUACCUAUACUAUUAAACAGAGUUAUUAUUCUAUACUCAUUAAAUGUUGAACAUUUGUACAUACAAAUCACAAUGCAAUAUUUAUUUACAAUUUGCAUAUUUAUUGUUUCACAUAUUAUUUUAAGUAGUUAAUUUUAAUUGAUAAUUUUAUUAAGCAUUUAUUUGAAAAUGUAAUGGAGUGCUUGUGAUUGGAAAUACUCAUAUUUGUUCCAAUCAUUUGUUAUUAUCAAUAAUGUGAACAUCGAUCAAAUCAUUUUUUGUAUGUAUAUGUCUAUAUCAUCUCAACUAGUCGUGAACGGUAUACCAAAAUCUGUA